GAAAUCAUUAUCUGAAUUAUCAACGUCGACAUUCUGUUUUGUUGGUUUCACUCUUAUCUUUGAUCUUUGGUCUUUGACUUGAUAUUUCGAGGACGUUUUCUACUGAGUGCGAAAUUUACAAUUUGCUUUUUACGAGGAUUUAUUGCAUUGCAUUGGAUUGUAUUGCAUUGCGGUGAGAGUGUGGAGAUAUACAUAUACGGCAUAAAAGAAUAUCACGAUUGCUGGUUUUUGAAGAGAGUAAUAGGUUGUUAGAAGGUCAUUAUGGAUUAUGUUGAGAAGAGAAUGGCUGCUGAAGCCCAAAGACCUGCCGGUGCAGAAGUCGCCAGCCUAGCCACGCCAAUCAACCUCCUCCUCCUCAGUCUCCUCGCCCUCCUCACCUACACGACCUUCCGGCCCAAGAAAGUCGACCCCAUCCCCAGCGCGCCCGCCCCUAUCGUCUUCCGCACCUUCACACCCCCCGAGCUCGAGCCCUUCUCCGGCCGCAACAACACACCUGUAUAUCUCUCUGUGCGCGGCCGCGUCUUCGAUGUUAGCAAUGGAAGGAAUUUCUACGGACCCGGCGGACCGUAUGAGAAUUUUGCAGGGAGAGAUGCGAGUCGUGGGUUGGCGAAGGGUAGUUUUGAUGCGGAGAUGUUGACGGAGGAUUUGCAGGCUGAGCUGGAUGAUUUGAAGGAUUUGGAUGCGGAUGAGUUGGAGGCGUUGAAGGGCUGGGAGGAGAGGUUUGAGGAGAAGUAUUUGGUGGUUGGGAGGUUGGUUAGUUGUAAGGAGAAGGAGAGGGAGGAGAAGGAGAAGGGGAAGGCUUAGGUUUGGGGUAUGGGUGAGGAGUGGAUAUAUGUGUUGAGGUUUGUGGUGGGAAUGUGAAACGUGGAUGUUUCUACAGAAUGAAUCUUCAUGAAAGACUUCACUGGUCAACUGAACAAUGUUGAUCAAAUGGUGGUUAUGGAUAUCAUUCAUUCAUUCAAUACAUACAUGCCGGCGGGCGGUACACCUACCCAUCGAAGCGAGAAUGACAAGCCA